CUCCUCCUCCUUCCGUUUCACCAUGAAUGCCGCACGCGCAGCGUCGCUCGGCGAGACCAGCCCGGAGCCCCGGCCAUCCGACUGAGAAGUGACGGGCGGAGGCGGUCGGGCUGGUACGGGGAGGGACGGGGCGGGGAGGAGAGGAGAGGGGGGGGGGGAAACAGGACAACAACAGGGGGAAGGAGGGAGGAGGGUCUGGGGCAGCGUUUGGAAGAGCAGCGAUGGCGUCUCACGCAACCAGCAGGACCAUCAGCAAGGACGAUGUGAACUACAAACUGCAUUUCCGUAUGAUCAACGAGCAGCAAGUGGAGGACAUCACCAUCGACUUCUUCUACAAACCGCACACCAUCACUCUGCUCACCUUCACCAUCGUCAGCCUCAUGUAUUUUGCUUUCACCAGGGAUGACACAGGGCCAGAAGAUAAUAUAUGGAAGGGGGUACUUUCUGUGCUAUUCUUUUUUCUAAUCAUAAGUGUACUGGCAUUUCCCAAUGGCCCAUUCACACGCCCACAUCCAGCAAUAUGGAGGAUGGUUUUUGGCCUCAGUGUGCUUUAUUUCCUUUUUCUGGUGUUCCUGCUGUUCUUGAAUUUAGAACAAGUGAAAUCUGUCAUGUAUUGGCUGGACCCUAAUCUGCGAUAUGCCACACGGGAAUCUGAUGUGAUGGAAUAUGCAGUGAACUGCCACGUCAUCACUUGGGAGAGGAUUGUCAGCCAUUUUGAUGUCUUUGCCUUUGGCCACUUCUGGGGCUGGGCUAUGAAAGCAUUGCUGAUUCGCAGCUAUGGGCUCUGUUGGACUAUCAGCAUCACUUGGGAGCUAACAGAGCUCUUCUUCAUGCAUCUGUUGCCAAACUUUGCUGAAUGCUGGUGGGACCAGAUCAUUCUGGAUAUCUUGCUCUGCAAUGGGGGCGGCAUUUGGUUGGGAAUGGUGGUCUGUCACUUCUUAGAAAUGCGGACUUAUCACUGGGGAAGUUUCAAGGCAAUUCACACCACAAGUGGGAAGCUGAAGCGAGCAGUGCUGCAGUUUACUCCAGCCAGUUGGACAUAUGUCCGAUGGUUUGACCCAAAAUCUUCCUUUCAGAGAGUGGCUGGGAUUUACCUCUUCUUGAUUAUAUGGCAGCUGACGGAACUUAAUACCUUUUUCUUGAAACACAUAUUUGUGUUCCAAGCCUGCCACCCACUGAGUUAUGGUAGAAUCCUCUUCAUUGGUGUGAUCACAGCUCCAACUGUACGACAGUAUUAUGCAUAUCUCACAGACACUCAGUGCAAACGGGUUGGGACUCAAUGCUGGGUAUUUGGUGCCAUUGCCUUUCUGGAAGCGAUUGUGUGCAUUAAGUUUGGUCAAGACUUAUUCUCCAAGACCGUGGGAUUGUACGUCAUUCUUUGGCUUGUGUGCAUGGCUUUGAUUACCUUCCUGUGCCUCUAUGGAAUGGUCUGGUACGCUGAAUAUUAUGGACAACGGUACAAGACCUUUUCCGAGUGCGAAGACUCAAUCAACAGCCCUGACUCCUCACCGAUACAUUCCGAGAUCUUCGCUAAAGGGGAAGGAUCUUCUGCUGCUUCAUUACACCUCACCUCAACAGACUCUCGAGUAACGAAACGGAGAAAGGGCUCCGGGAAAACUAAAGUCAGCAAUGGUCUCGGCAGGAAGAUUUCAAAAUGAUGAAGGCUAUGAUGGAGCCGAGGAAAUUUUCGGAGCUGGAUCCAAAACCAUGUUGAGUGCCAAUGAGCACGAGGAAAAUGAUGUCAGAAAUAGACUGUAUCAGGAGCUAUGGCUGGUACAUGAUGAAUAAUAACCUCUUUCACUGUUCGCUACAGUUGCUUGUGAUGCAGUGAAAUACUUUCAUGUUACAUUUUGUGUAUUUUAUUUUAAAGAAAUAUGAAAAAUAAGGAAGAAAUGCCUUUUUUUAUAUUUCAGGUUUUUUUUUCUUUCUUGCAAUUAAUUAUAGGGGUGAAAAAUGCAGAGCUGUGAUACCAAGAAGUAUUUUACACCCUAUUUCACUUUGAUUGAUUAAAGUUGAGUUGUAGAACUAGCAGUAACCUAUGUUCGAGUUGGCUGUUAACCUUAGUGAACAGAUUACUGAACAGGAGAUUGAAUGAAGCACAUACUUUAUGCACUUUCUGACCGGCAAGUCUUGUACAUGAAAAAUGCAUGAAAAAUGUGCCCAUUUUGUGCCAAGUGUAUUGCUAUCCAUGUUGCUUUGGCAGAAUGCUAUCAAACAACUCAUUUCAACUUCCUUUUCUGAAAUGUUCCUAAUUCACUUUGGAUUACAGAACUGACCGCUGCAUUUGAACACUUCUACGAAUCCAUCUCCAGAUUUAAUUGUGUGCAUAAAUAUGUGCGAAAGGAAAGUUUGUCUGAUGCCCUGGCCAAUAAUUCCCCAAAUAAAAUUGGUCAUUCACUUCAUGGUUGUUUGCAGACCAUUGCUUGGCACAAAUUAUCUGCCAAGUUUCCAUACAAAAUAGUCAUUACACUUAGAGUAAAAUUCUAUGAAGUGCUUCGAGAUGUUUUUCUGCCAUGGAAGGCGCUAUAUCAAAUUAAGAAUUCCUGUUAUAAUUUAAUUUAUUUUCAUUCCAUUUAUUUCCAUCCAACAAAAAAGGGAAUUCAGUAUAGAUUACAUUUUGUUAGAUUUCAUUUCAGUUUAAAGGAGACAAUACUGGACAUUUUUUGUGUGCAUGUUUCAUUGCAUAAAUGUAAAUACAAGCAGUCAAUUAAUCUCAUCUUCAUUGUUUCAGAAGUUGCUUUUGCUUUAGGUUAAUUUUUUCUUAAUUUUUUGUCCACUUGUAAAUUCUAUUUACAGUAAGGAUAGUGCUAAAGAAGGUGUGAGUGUGUGUGUUUAUACGCGUGUGUGUGUGCAGUGAAGCACAGGAUAAUGCAGUAUCUUUUUAUGGCCAUUCUGUGUUUGCACAAUUAGUUCUAUCAGAAAUCAUAAGUGAAUCACUGUGUGGAUCAGGACAUUGUAUUGAGAAGCUUGCACAAUGCACACCGGUUCAGCUACUAUUGACAGCAGCAUGCACAGUUUUGCUUGUUCAGUGUAUUUGCCAGUCAAUGUAUGGAUAUAUUUUUCCAUUAUAAACUGUGACUGCUUUUUCUCAGGAAAAUGUUACAUUUGUGAUACUAACUAGACUGGAGUUUGAAAUAAAGUGCAUUAAAAGCUA